AAACUUAUCUGAAACUUUCACAAGCAAAAUUCAUUUAGUGCAUGCAGCUUUAUUAAAGUUGAUGGUUUAUUCAGUAGUCCUUGAAUAAACAACACAAUUAAUGUUGUUUAUAAUUAUGUGAUAAACGCAGUUGCAGAUGUUUUACAAAAUACAUAACAAUGUUUGCACCAAUAUAAUGUGCAAACUUUCUGACAUCUCGGGCAAAAGUCUCACAAUUUACAUCCACAACAUGCUGCAUGGUGGGAUACACUUAGAUAGUGUGAGUUAAGGGCACUGCACUGACAGUUUUAAGACAUGGCACAGUCUUGCACACUUACUACCUGUGGUCUGCAUGAGCUCUCCAGUGACCAAGACCACAAGUAUGGGUAUUUGGAUGCAGCCACUGAUUCAAACACACACACUGAUUCAGACACACACUGAUUCAAACACACACACACACACACACUCACACACACACACACACACACACUGAUUCAAACACACACACUGAUUCAAACACACACUGAUUCAGAGACACGCUGAUUCAAACACACACAUUCAUUUUCCAAUACACAAUUAUGAUCUGCUGACAUCAGCAUCUCUCACAGAUCCUAAAAACUUCAGCAGCACACAGACACAAACAAAGAGAUGUACAGAGACAGAAAAGAAGCUAUAUAGAGAGAAAGAUAGAGUGAUAGAGAUAUAUAUAUAUAUAUAUAUAUAUAUAUAUAUAUAUAUUAGAGAGAGAGAUCCCUGAGUCACACUGAAGGUGCUCGAGGACACAGUGGUGUCAUCAUGUCUGCUGUUUUUCUGUCUGCACUGCUGCUUCUGCCCACUGUGGCCUUUGGCUCCGCCUCUUUAAGACCGCCGCUCAGACAUUGUCGAAGGUGUUGUGAUCAGCUGGACCCACCCCUGAACCCCGCCUCCCAUCCUGCAGCCAAUCAUACGCCUGAGAUCCGCACCAUUAUUAACAUGACAAUCCUUAAAGGAGAAAAAGGAGAGCGUGGUAACCGAGGAACUCCUGGCAAAUGCGGUGGUGAUGGACCUCCAGGAUUCAGAGGUGAGAUCGGACCCAAAGGCAGUAAAGGAGACACCGGAGCUCCUGGAGAUCCCUGUAAAGUCCAGCGGUCCUCUUUCUCCGUGGGCCGACGCAAAGCUCUGCACAGCGCCGAUUAUUACCAGGCUCUGAUCUUUGACACGGUCUUUGUGAAUCUGGACCAACACUUCAACAUGUUUAAAGGCAAGUUCUUCUGUUUAGUGGCGGGAGUUUAUUUCUUUAAUGUCAACAUUCACACCUGGAACUUCAAAGAGACGUACCUGCAUCUGAUGCACAACGACCACGAGCAGGUGAUUCUGUACGCGCAGCCCAGCGAUCGAUCCAUCAUGCAGAGUCAAAGCGUCAUGCUGUCAUUAGAGCUGAAUGAUGAAGUUUGGGUGAGACUGUACAAACGUCAGCGAGAUAAUGCCAUUUACAGCGAUAACACGGACAUUUACAUCACAUUUAAUGGACAUCUGGUGGCACCUAAACUGUAAAAGACAGACAGUGAAUAUUUCCCUUUUAUUCUUCAUCUCAUACUGAUGAAAUGACUCUCUCAGUCUCUCUGGAUGAGUGAUGAUGAUGUUUGUUGGUUGGUUUAACACCAGGGUGUUUUUCUUAUUUCAUCUCUAAAAACAUAAACAAGGGGUUUUUGUCUGGACUGUUCCUUUAAUUCACUCGAAUGAUUUCAGUUCCCUUCUCGUAAAAUAAAGACAGAUGGAGUCAGUGUGAAAUGAUGCUGUAGAUGUGUUUUCUCUGGCAGCUGGUCUAGGAUCAGUCUUUAUCUUCUCUUGUGUUUGUCAGUUGUGUUCAUGAAAGCUCUAUACAGUAAAUCAUCACAAAUCUCAACCAUUAAUAGUUUCUCUUUUAGUUUUGUUUCAUGAGUUUAUAAACUGGUUUUGUUAGUGUUUCAGCAGGUGCUCAGCUGUAUGUUUACUUUCUACAAAUAUUCCUUUAAUUCUGAUGAUGUCCUGCUCAUUUUUAUGUAUUUUCAAUUAAAUUCAGCAACAACAUAAUCACAAAACAUUAUCUCGAGUCUUGACUCGUUGGUAUUUGCAUUCGCUUGUCUUGGACUUCGACUCCAGCAAUAUAGACAAUUUCAGUAACAACAACAUAAACCAACAGCUUUUGUGGCCCAAACCUAACUUCCAAUAGACUUCUGCACAGAACAAGGAAAAUAAAUAACCAGUAAACUACCUUCAGUUCAAAUCAUAGCUAAAGUGUAUGAACUAAUGUUACUGUGUAAAUCUAUACGAUGUUAACUACACAUCCUUAAAUUCUUGCCUGGCUGCCAAAUCUGCACAUCAAUGAUCUGUGCUCACAGUCUCCUCCCAUCGUUUUUUAUUUUCCACACAGAAUUUGUUCAAGAGGUCUUUUUAGUCACUAGCCGUACAGACACACAAGACCCG